CCCGCCGAUUUGCUGCAGCUUUAACAGCCGAGAGGGACGCGCGGGCUGUUCGACGCCGUGACGCAGGUUCGUGCCCCUCCCCGGGGGGAGGAGAGCGCGGCCGGGCCGGGCCGGGCGCGCACCCUCCCUGAACGCUGCCUGCGGCUGCCGCUGGUAACUCUUUUCCUGUUUGCAAUAAAAAUGGCAGAAGCAACUGCUGACCCUCCAGAGAAGCUUGUUGUUAUCCAUUCUAAGGCUCACAGAGAUACCAUUCUAGCUAAUUUUGCUGAACAAAGGAAAAAGAAUUUUCUUUGUGAUAUCACUUUAAUAGUAGAGGAUGUGCACUUCAGAGCCCACAAAGCUUUACUUGCUGCCAGCAGUGAGUACUUUUCAAUGAUGUUUGUAGAUGAGGGAGAGAUAACCCAGUCAAUUUAUAUGCUGGAGGGAAUGGUUGCAGACACUUUUGGUGCACUACUGGAAUUUAUCUACACAGGUUAUCUCCAGUCCAAUGAAAAAAGUAUGGAACAAAUCUUGGCAACUGCACAACUCCUAAAAGUGAAUGAUUUAGUGUGGGCACAUGCAGAUUAUCAAACCAGCCGUAGCCCAAAUAAUGUAUUACCUCUCACAUCUAGUAGUGGUACUUCAGUAGUUGUCUUUGCAAAUGACAAGAAAAAUGGAGAUCCACCAAAACGAAAACGAGGAAGACCAAGAAAAGUCAAGAAUGUUCAAGAGGAAAAAUUUGGGACAACUUCUAUUGAAGAUGUGCAGCUAAGAGAGAACAAUUCAGUGCAAAAUAAACAAAAUUUUAUGAAAAAAGUUGCAGUGGAAGAAACAGUUGCUGAUGAACAAGUUCCAGUAAGGAAAGAAAUGGAAGAAACUGAGCCAGCUUGUGGUUCAGAAGCUGCUGUAGAUCUAUCAGCUGAGAAGGAUGAGAAUUAUGAUCCUAAAACUCAAGGAAUACAGAGCAAUCAGAGUCGUUAUAGCAAACGUAGGAUACGGCGGUCUAUCAAGCUAAAAGAUUAUAAACUUGUUGGUGAUGAAGAUGGAAAAGUAUUGACAAAGAGAACUGAUAGAAAAAGAAAACGCACAGGUUCUGAAGCUUGUUGCAAAGAAUGUGGCAAAGUGUUUAAAUAUAAUCACUUUUUAGCUAUUCAUCAGAGAAGUCAUACAGGAGAACGCCCUUUUAAAUGCAAUGAAUGUGGUAAAGGCUUUUCCCAGAAGCACUCUCUUCAGGUUCAUGAGCGGAUGCAUACUGGAGAGCGACCAUAUACCUGUACUGUCUGUAGUAAGGCUUUAACAACAAAACAUUCUCUUUUGGAACACAUGAGCCUACACACAGGACAGAAGGCUUUUACAUGUGAUCAGUGUGGGAAGUAUUUUAGCCAAAAGAGACAACUGAAGAGUCAUUACCGAGUGCACACAGGCCAUUCAUUGCCGGAAUGUAACCAGUGUCAUCGCAAAUUCAUGGAUGCAGCUCAAUUAAAGAAACAUCUAAGAACACAUACAGGUGAGAAGCCAUUUACUUGUGAAAUCUGUGGCAAGUCAUUCACAGCAAAAAGUUCUCUUCAGACUCACAUCAGAAUCCACAGAGGAGAAAAGCCAUAUUCUUGUGGUAUAUGUGGAAAAUGUUUCUCGGAUUCCAGUGCAAAGAGGAGACACUGUAUCUUACACACAGGCAAAAAGCCUUUCUCCUGCCCAGAGUGUAACUUGCAGUUUGCACGCUUGGACAAUUUGAAGUCUCAUUUGAAAAUUCACAGCAAAGAAAAACAAUUGCAAGAAUCAAACAGUGCUCCUAGCAGCAGCAAUAGCUCAGAGGAGGUCAGAAACAUUCUUCAGCUGCAGCAAUAUCAACUGUCCACAUCUGGAGGACAAGAGAUUCAGUUGCUUGUCACAGAUUCAGUACAUAACAUAAAUUUUAUACCUGGUCAUAAUCAAGGUAUUAGUAUUGUUACUGCUGAGAACUCCCAAAAUAUGACAACAGGCCAGGCUGCUAAUCUUGCGCUACUCACUCAGCCACCACAACAGCUGCAGAACUUGCUUCUUGCAGCCCAGCAGGAACAAGUAGAACAAAUCCAAAGUAUCAAUAUGAUGGAGAACCAAAUAGAGACUACACAAUCUGAACAAAUGCAUGUCAUCACUCUUUCAAAGGAAGCACUGGCACAUCUUCAUGCCCAUCAGGGGCAAACUGAAGAACUUGAUCUAGCAGCAGGAGCUCAGCACAUGCAGCUGGCCCAGGAACCUAGUCGUCAGUCUCAUACUAACCAAGAUGCAGUCCAAUCCCAUCAAAUUAGUGAAGAACAGAACCAAAAUGUACACAUUUCUGAAUCACAUCCGCAAUCUUUGUCCAUAAACCACCCAUCUCAUGAGCAUCAGAUUCAAGGUCAGGCUUUUUGAAAUACAAGUUAGCAUUGCUUCCUUUUAAAUACUUGUUUGCCUUCAGGGAACUGGGCUGGAGUGUGCUGUUCAAUGACCUAUGUAUAUCACAUUUCAUUUGCUGCAGAAGAUUAUCUAUUUGAAGUUUUAUUUUUUGGUGGUCUUGAUGGAUAGCUUUGUUUCCUUUAUUUUAAUCCGUUUAUUUUUAGGGUUUUAUUACUCUAGAAGUCUGCUGAUCAACAAGCAUGGCUUCUCUGCAGGGGUCAAAAUGACUAUUAUCUGAACUAUAAAUGUCAAGGUAACCAAUUUUUUUUUUCCCCACAACAUUGAUACCACAUGUCUUAUAUUUAAUGAGCCUUCUCUCUCUAGGUAAAUAUAUAAUUUUCAGUGUGACCAUUCCCUUAAGUGCAUUUUAAUUAAUUGAAUACCAAAUUUGCUCAUGCUUUUGAUUUAAAUUGAUGCACUCAUAGACUGGCUCUGGUUCCCUUUCUUUUUACUGUGUUGUACAAUUCCUGCUCCCCAAACAAAUGUUUAAAUCAGUGCACUUAAUGUAGAGGCAAUGAGAUAUAGUGGCUAGAUAGACUACUGGAAAGCUUGAGUGCUGUGCUAUUGGCGCUGCUACUGACUUGUGUGACCUUGGGCAAGACGCUUAACCUCUCAGUGCCUUAGUUUCCUCAUCUACAAAAUGGGGAUAAUGCUUAACCACCUUUGCAAAGCACUUUGAAGAUCUUCUAAUGUAAGGCGCUAUAGAUGUGCAAAGUGUGUGGUUGGGUUUUUUUCCUGACAAGACAGUCUUAGUUUAGGAGCCAGUUUAUAUUUUAAAAUCAUUAUUUUUAUAUUUUGAAAGCAGAAUGUCACAUUACUUUAAUAUAAGGUAAUAUUUAUUCUUUGUUGUGACUGAAACAAUGAAUAAAAUCACUCCAGAACAUGAGCUAUAAAAUGGUGCAUCUCUUAAUAGAUUUUAAAAACAGUGCAACUUUUUGUUGACUAGAUUAAAUGUGUGCAGUUUACAUUACUAAUGCCUGACUUCUAGUGAAGAAGUGCUGAAAUGGUAUUGAAAAGACAUCCCAGAAAGAAAAGCUGGGGAAGAGCAUGGCUUGGGGUUCAGUUACUAAUGAUCUGUUCCUUAAUGCACUGGUAUGUAAAAAUCCUGAUAAAAUAUCAUAUGGCCAGCUACAGCAGUUUGAAGGUUGAGGCUGAGGUUAAAAAUGUCAGGUGAUUUAAAUAGGUAUCUCGUAUUUCUAGUUUUAAACAUGACAAAAACCAACUUCUAUCCUUAAUAUUUGUUAGAUUUUUUUCAAAGGAAGUUUCCUAUGUAACUGGCUAUAUGCACCAUUGGCUAGACAGAAAGCCAUUGGUAUGAAUUUUCAUUUCUGAGCAUUUGCUUUGUAUCUUUCAGCUAGCUACUGAGAAUGUGUUACUGUAAUUUGGGUAAAAAGUAUAUCAGUUCCUCCGCGGAGCUAUACCAACCUUUAAGUAAGUUGAUGCGAGGAGGGGAGACAAUGGGGGAGGGGAGAAACCAAUUUUACCUCCAACUGUAAAUCUAUUGUAUUGAUUAAUCUGAUUCGUUACCUAAAUUCCCUCCCAAAAUGGAGAAAUACUGUCUAUAUAUGUAAUGUAGAAAACCAUUAACAAAAGAGAAAUAGAAUAUAAUGUAACUGUAAUCCAGAAGCUAAAGAUUUUGAUGUUGCAAGAACCUAAAGAAAAAAUAAAAUUAAACUAUCUCUUUU